AUGUCGAGUAUAGAAGAGAGGGUCAAAGAUUUAGAGGCAUUAAUUGAGAAGCAGUCAAAAAUCAUUGCUACAACUGGUCAAAAAUUGAUAGAGAUUCAAAUCAAUGAUGUUAAGUCAAGAAUGUCACUGAUGGAUUCAAAUCCAAAAAGUACAUCUCAAAUAGACACUGAAGAUUAUGUCACUAAUGAAGACGUGGUUCAACUAGUUACCGAACUUCAGUCCCAGUUAGACUUUUUAGAGGAUAGAACUAUACGUCGAACUUAUAACACAUCAGUCAUCAAUGACGAAGAAAAAAUUGCUCCGUUGAGUAAUAAGGACGGGGACUUUCCAACUUUCCCAAUUCCUCAAACAUUGGGAGAAUUUAAAUCAUUGGCAAAACGGGAUACUUUGAGAUUGGGGUUAUUCUAUGAGAUAAUAUUGCCAAACGAAGAAGAGAUAAAACAUACUCUUGAACAUGGAAGCAAUAGCAAGAAUGGCAUAAUCGACCUCGCUACGAAUAAAGAUAUCUCUCAGUUAGAAUCACAAUUCGACAAGGAGCAAGUGAGUGAAAUUUACGAUGAGUUGGCUAGGUAUUUUGGCAUUAAACAUAGAAGGCGAAGUGAUGGAUGGUAA